AAAGGGUAGUUUUGAGAAGAAUUAUGAGGAUCGGAAGAAUUAAUGACGAUUCUCCGGAUUUAGAAUUAGGGGUUAGAUUUCUACCGACCGAUGAACAACUUAUUAGCUAUCUAAUAAGAUUUGUUGCUUCUAACAAUUUCAUUUGCAAUGAUAUUCCAUUUGAAAAUAUUUAUGGGAGAAAGAAGCCAUGGGAGUUAAUGGAAGCAGGUAAUAAAUAUUUUUUUACUAAAUUAAAGAAGCGAAAUACGAGGUUUAUUCGGACUUUGGUUGGAGGAGGAAGUUGGAAAGGGCAGGGGAAAGGAAAAUCAAUAGGUGAAAACAAAAUUGGGAUUAAAAAAACUUAUAACUAUGAAGAAAAUAAAAAGGAUAAAGUUAACGAUGUUUCUUGGAUUAUGAAAGAGUAUAGUCUUGACGACAAGGUAAUCAAGCCGUUAAAAAAUAGAGGUAUAAUGAAGCACGAGGAUGUUGUUUUGUGCUUCAUUAGGAGGAAAGAAUCAGGACAUGGAAACGACGAUGAUGAUGAUAAUGAUGAUGAUACACAACCCCAAGGGCCUAAUGAAACUGGAUAUGGUACUGAUCAACUUGCUCAACAGAUGGUUGAUAAUUCUGUGCAGAAUGUUGAAGAGACAACAUCCACAGGUGUUUUAAACAACGACGAGUGCUUAUUCACAGAUGAAUUAGGUGAUUUUGAUAUAUUUAUUGAAGAAAACCAGGAAUGGCUAUCUGAUUUAGUUUCUUAGUAUAAUUCUUGUCAAAAAUAUAUAGGUAGUUUUGAUACAAAUAAGCUCAGUACUGGAACUUUCAGCAAUGUGUAUCCAUCUUUGAUGUUUCUUCAGGGAAUGUGUUGCUGAAGUUGAAAUAUCCCAACUUCUUGAUCCAUCUAGAGGGACUGCAAGUAGUAGUGCUGUGGCUGGCUCAUUUGGAUACAUUCCCCCAGUUGUUCCUUAGCACGAAGAGCAAGUGCAAUAUGUUAUGGUACCUUCUUCCACUCAAUAGGAUGUUAGCAUUCAGUCAUUGCUAUUAGAAGACUAUAAUGAUCCAUCAACAUUCACUAAUGAGAUGAUGAACUUGUAUGCAGUUGAUACUCUAGUCUAUUGUAAGAAAAAAUAUACAUAGUUUUGAUUUAUGUGUAAUGUAUAUAAAUGAGAGAACUAAACUCUCAACUUAUAUUCAAAGGAAAAAGAUUUUGAUGUAUACUAAUUGCUUAUGUUUUGGCUUCUCUUUUUGAUUGAUUUAGUCUUCUUCCCUCUUUGUUUAUACAUGUAAAACAGGCUAAGAGUUUUUACACAACCUGAGGCAAUUACAACAAUAUAUUCAACCACAAGUAGGGUAUAAUACAGAUGGUUG